UCUCUUGCAUAAUAGAUCAUCUCUAACUCUUACAAUCAGAAAGAAAAGAAUAUUGUCUGAAAAUGUCUGUCCAUGGUAAGCUGGAGGUUGAAGUGAAAGUGAAGGUUUCUGCAGAAAAGUUUCAUGAAGUGUUCAGCUUCAGACCACACCAUGUCUCCAACAUGAUACCUGAUCACAUACAAGGUUGUGAACUUCAUGAAGGGGAGUGGGGUAAACAAGGCAAAGUCAUCUCCUGGAACUAUUUCCAUGAUGGGGUUGCAAAGGUUGCUAAGGAGAGAGUGGAAGUGAUAGAUGAUGUGAACAACUUAUCAUCUUUCAGAGUGAUUGAAGGAGAUCUGUUGAAUGAGUUCAAGGACUUCCUGAUAACUGUUCAAGCUACUCCAAAAGGUACGGAAGGAAGCUUGGUGAAGUGGACUUUUGAGUAUGAGAAGCUGAAGCCAGAUGUUCCAGACCCACAAUCCUUGCUUGACUUUGUAGUUUCUAUGUCCAAAGGCAUUGAUGAUCACCAUACCAGCACCAAUGCCUAGCAAAAUAUUAAUUAAGCCAAAUCUCAAAGCAAGCACUACAGUUCUACGACUUGUGUGAAAGAAAUAAGAGGUUCAGAAGACCAGAGAAGAGAUUGAACCCUAGCUAGACUGCUUUUGUGGUGCGAGCUGGCUAUUACUUUCAUGUACUAUGUUUGGGUUGUAUUAUGUGUGUGUGUUUAAGGCUUUAUUGGCACCAUUCCUCUUUCUUUGAGUGAUGAUGUGUACGUGCAUAUAUCUAUCUAUGUAUUUUGUGAGUCAAUGUUAAAUCAAAAUGCAUGUUUUCUAAAACGUUUGGAGUUUA